CCGAAACGAGGUCCCCCCGGGUCCCCCCCAUCCCCGUGCACUGCGAAGCGGGCCCGGAAAGGGGAGGGAGGGGGGAAGCCGCGACCCCUCCCCCCCAGCGAUGCCGAUCGCGUCUUUGCCCAAAAAUGCCAGGAGCUCGGGGGCUUCAUCCGGCCCCUGCAGGAGCUGCUCGAGGGGCUCCAGCGGGGGCGGUUCCACAGAGCCCCGCGCCCCCCAUGGCGAAUCACCUCCGGUUCUGGGGCCGCACCGUCAUGGUGCAGAACGGCAACGUGGAGGCUGCCUACAGCGCGCUCAAUAGGAUCCUGACGCAGGACGGGCUGGUGGAGACCGUGCGGCGCGGGCGCUACUACGAGAAGCCGUGCCGGCGGCGGCAGCGGGAGGCCUACGAGGCGAGCCGGCGGGUGUACAACGCCGAGAUGGCCCGCAAGAUCGGCUUCCUGGCGCGGAGCAACCGGCAGGACCCGUGGCUCGGCUGCUAAUGGCGGCCGCAAUAAAGGCUCCUGCUUCCC